CGCGCCGCCUUCGCGCAGGGUGAGGGCUGCUGGCGCGGCCGGCGCUGUGGGCCUGUUGCGCCAUGGCGGAGGUGAAGGUGAAGCCGGAGGUCCCCGACCCCAUGGAUAUAGAGAACAGGAUUAUUGAGCUGUGUCAUCAGUUUCCUCAUGGCAUCACAGACCAGGUGAUUCAGAAUGAUAUGCCUCACAUGGAAGCCCAGCAGCGAGCUAUGGCGAUCAACAGGCUGCUCUCGAUGGGACAACUGGACCUUCUCAGGAGCAAUGCAGGUCUCCUAUAUAGAAUCAAAGAGUCUCAAAAUGCAAGUAAAAUGAAAGGUUCUGACAAUCAAGAGAAGCUGGUUUACCAAAUUAUAGAAGAUGCAGGCAACAAAGGUAUUUGGAGCAGGGACAUUAGAUACAAAAGUAAUUUGCCUUUAACGGAGAUAAACAAGAUACUGAAAAACUUGGAAAGCAAGAAGCUAAUUAAAGCAGUUAAAUCUGUAGCAGCAUCAAAGAAGAAGGUGUAUAUGCUAUAUAACCUGCAGCCUGACCGGUCAGUGACUGGUGGGGCUUGGUACAGUGACCAAGACUUUGAGUCUGAAUUUGUGGAGGUGUUAAAUCAACAGUGUUUUAAAUUUCUACAGAGUAAGGCAGAAGCAGCUCGAGAGAGCAAACAGAACCCCAUGAUACAGAGGAACAGCUCAUUUGCCUCAUCCCAUGAGGUGUGGAAAUACAUCUGUGAACUGGGUAUCAGUAAGGUUGAGUUGUCAAUGGAAGACAUUGAAACCAUUUUAAAUACACUAAUAUAUGAUGGGAAAGUGGAGAUGACUAUUAUUGCUGCAAAGGAAGGGACGGUAGGCAGUGUGGAUGGACAGAUGAAGUUGUACAGAGCUGUUAGUCCUCUCAUACAACCCACUGGAUUAGUCAGGACGCCCUGUGGACUCUGCCCUGUUUUUGAUGAUUGCCAUGAAGGUGGUGAGAUUUCUCCAUCCAACUGUAUUUAUAUGACAGAGUGGCUGGAGUUUUGAAAUGAAAGAAACCUGUAAACUGGAUUCAUGCUCCAUAGCCAAGGUGACAAAGCAGCAACAUCAAGACAUGGAGUGACUUUGUUUUUAAUGAAACAUAAAGCAGCAACAACAGCAGUUGCGUGAGCAGCCCCGUGAGUGGACUGGAAAUUGAGUCAGCACUGAAGAUCAAGGCUGAAAUGGAAAUGUAAAUCCAUUCUUGUACCAAAAAUUGGUUGUAUGACUUGAAAAGUGCCGUAGAGCAGCUGGGUUGUGAUGCAUCGCUUCCAAGGAUUGUGUCGAGUACUCCACAGAUGCUCAUUCUGAAUGAGAGAAAAUAACUCAUUAGCUGAUCAGAAAAACGUGCUAAUGAGUGUUGCCAAGAAUGCGAUUCCGAACUUUGCUUUCAGAUUAAUGCUACUGGUGGGUGCUUAAGUCCUAAAGCUGACACUUUCCUCCCGCGAUAGCUACCAUCUAAUUGAAGACAGAAUCUCAUGUGGGAAAGAUCUUAAUUAUGUCAAACAGAACUCACUGAUUCUUUAUUAUCUUUCUUACCUGCUAAUUUAUCAUUAAACCCCUGAUUUUUCUUAGGUACAUCUGUGCUUCAUUUCUUCCAUUGCUGCCAUUGCCUUGGUGAUCCAUCUGUUGUAUUUAUUCCUUCAUCUGACAGCUACAAGAUAAUCAUCAAAUCUUUGUUGGUGUGUUCUUGCAGCUGCAUCAUGUACAUAUAUCAGCUGAAAUGUUGAGUAGAAGUAUUCUGGGAAGAUGUGUUUUCCAGAAGAGAGAAAGAGUUCCUCUGGCCUGAUGGUAGAGGGAAAUUUUUUAUAGAUUAUCUGAAUACUGUCAGGGUUAACAAAGAUGCCAGUAACACUUGUUUGUACAUAAAUAUGCCCUCUGGCCUUGAUUUGUGAUCUGAAAAAGGCAUGAUACUGGUACAUCAUCAAAAAGUACAGUCUUCCUGUGAUGCAGAGCCAAUUUGUGUUUCUCUUAUUGGGACCUCUCUGGCUCCUCUGCGUGACUCCGGGCUGAUCAACUGGCAAUAACAUAUAGCCUGUGGUGUUGUCAUGAGCCUUGUGCCCAGGGUAUGCCAGGCCAUGGACCUCUUGAGAGAGCUGUGUCUAGUUUCCUCUGGCUAUCACUGUCCAUCUGGCAGUAUUAGAGGGGCAAUACUGCCUUUGGAAAAUACAGGUUUACCUGGGAAGAAAACAGAUUUUUGUACCGACUGUGUUAUGGUAACUAGUUACCAAGCAACUUCCACAGAGGAAAGAAGUCUGCUUCUUUUUCAUAAAUGAGACUAUUAUGUGUAUAUAGUACAGCCAGCUCUUCCACCAUCCAGCGUAACUGAGGGCUGGAAUGACGUACUAGCAGGCAGGGUAGCGUAGACACGUGAACUGUGCAGAGACAGUCUGGUCCCAGUUCAAUUUGCUGCCUGUGGCUUAAUCUUGCUGUGUCCAGCCUGGCGCUCUACACAACUACUCGGUAUCUUCAUGACAGCCUCCCAGCACUGGGAAACAACUACAGGGUCAAGCACAACAUGGGGACCUGUUGCUAGCUAUUUUCAAAAUACCCUGUCUGAAAAUAAGCCCACCUGGACACUUGUGGUGGGAGGGCAAUGGUCAAGAACCUCUAUGAUUGAGUUAUCAGCAUGCCAGGUAAUCUGACCGUGAGUAAUAAACAGUGGACUAACAUGGAGAGAUUUUUUGGAAGACAGUUUACCUAAUAAGGGUAGGAGACUUUACAUCAGCUAUUACAAUAUUGCCUGGGAGUUUGCACCUUCUAAAAGCAGUCUGGAUCACAUCUGGAAGUGUUCAAAUCUUGCUUGAUUCCCAUUUACCUACUUAUAGCAUGGGCUGUGGACAGAAGGCUAAAUGUGGUAAGUACUGUACAAAGAAUAAAACUUCAUGUGGCUCCUGUCCCAUACAGGGACGAAGGUUCCUUGUUUGAGAGCAGCUAGGCAUGCUGUCUCUGACUGGAGCAAACAACUCGUACUGAUAAGCUUGCAUGUCCAUGGCAGGAGUUUGAUUGUAUUAGCUAGUGUGAGAACCCACAGCUGGCUUGCUCUUUUGUUGCAGCGAUGCCUAUCUCUACAGAGGCAGCUCUUGCACAAGAGAUGUGGGGGUGAAAUGAUCAUGUUCGUUCCUUCUCUGCCCCAUUUAACCACACUGAAGUCUGAGGAAAACACUGCUCACCUCAUUGAAGGGAAACUUAACCUCAGCUUCAGUCCUCCCCUAUGUGGCCAGAUGUAAUUUCAUUGAGGUGUGGGGCUGGGGUUGUCUUUGUCUUCCUGCAUUCAAGACAAUGGGGUCCUGAUUCCUGCUGCUGCAGAGAUAACACCUUAUUUGUGCUGUACUGCAGCUAGAAGAUAGCUUUCAGGGAAACAACACGUCUUUAUCAUGCAGGUAUGUCACUUUAUGCAGUAUAACCAUAUUCACUGGUAAUAAGAAAAAGGAGAGCUUGUGAACACCUUUAGGAAGCAGAGAACUGGUUUGUUAAGCUCUUUAAAUUCUGGCUCAUUUGUAUUGUGUUGAUCUGAUUUAGAUGACCUUUGUGGUCACUGAAGCUUCUUAGUGUUGCAGCUGUAACAAGACUUCUCACGUUUGUAAAAAACACGCCUAUAGAGCAAAGUAAAGCAAUUUAACUUUCCUGUCUGUAAAAUAGGAAUCUAUUUGAUCUGUUUCUAAAUGAACGAGGAAUGAUCUUUCUGUUACUCUGGUUCUUCAUGAAUCUGAUCUCUGGCUUAAUCUAUCAACCUGUAAUUCUU